AUGGGAUGUAGUGCAAGAAAAUGUGCACAACCUUUGCAAACCUACGAUAGUAGACAUGAAAAUCUACCAGUUGUCGAUGCAUCACCAGCAGUAGAAUUCGUUCCUACAAGUCGUCGAAAUUUUGAAACUGAAAAUCUUGAAGGCGUCACACUUAUUUGGCUGGAUAAGUUAAUUGAUGAAACAAACGAAGACUAAGAAAGUGGAAAGAAUAUUGGAAUAAUGACACUUUAUCGAGGACAAGUCAUGUCUGAACAAGAGUUAGAUAAACUGAAACAUAGUGUUGGUAGUUUAACUUCAACGAAUAGCUUCUUUUCUACGACACUCGUUAAAGAUGUUGCGAAAGGCUUUCUUAUACGACAGACAGCUAAACGUGGGGAAUUGAAACCAGUACUGUUUGAAAUCACAGCUGAUAGCCCGGUGAAAUCAAUCAUUUUUGCUGACAUUGAAGAAUAUACUCGUAUUAAAGGUGAACACGAAGUUUUAUUUAAUAUCGGAGCUGUUUUCGAAGUUUCAAAUCAUCCAAAAAUCGCCAGUUCAUUGAGAGCUAUUGGAAGUGUAUAUCGCCGGACAGGGGAUUUUGAAAAAGCAAUUGAACAUUUUAAUCGAGCACUACACAUCGAACGUGAGAACCACAGUACAACAGGACCUAUGAAUACUGCUGGCAUUCUACAAAAUUUGGGACAGACAUAUCGGAAAAAAGGCGAUUCUGACAUUGCACUCGGUUAUUUCACACAAGCACUUGAAAUGAGACGAAACCUUUUACCAAAUGAGCACGCUGAUAUUGCUAGUUCUCUCUGGGAUGUCGGUGGCGUCCAUUCUUUUCAAAAAAAAUAUGAUGAAGCUCUUACUUAUUUCUUUGACGCCGAAAAAAUCUUUGAAAAGACAUUGCCAACUGGACAUCCAAAGAUGUCAAGGUUAUUUAUGGCAAUAGUAAAAGCAUGUGUUGGAAAAGAAGAUUACGAGGCAGCAUUCAAUUUCUGUCAGACCAAAUUAAUUGCAUUACGUGAGAAACUCGGUGAAUCACAUUCAGCAGUUGGCAGACUUCUUUUCCAAGUCGGAAAUAUUCAUGAAAAAUGCAAUGAAAACCAGAAAGCUCUAUCUUACUAUGAAAAGGCUUUGUCAUUAUUUGCGAAAUGUAUUCCACCUGAACAAGAAGAGAUAAUUUUUUGCCUAGAACGACUUGGUCAAAUUCAAGAAGACAGCCAAAACUUUCAUUUAGCACUAGAUUAUUUUUCAAAACAACUAGAUAUUGGAAAAAAAUUAUAUUUACCUAAUGAUUCCACUUUAGGAGUCGUUAUUCGUAACAUUGGUCGAAUGCAUCUUAAACUCAAAAAUUAUGAUCAGGCAAUGAAAUUUUUAAAAGAUGGAUUAUAUAUCUUUCAGUCAAGAUAUUCUGAUGAUCACGAACACGUUAAAGAUACAAUGAAAAUAAUUGAAGAAAUUAAAGAAGCACAAAAUAACGCUUGA